AUGGCCUUGGUUGCUGCGUCAGCUGCGACAGCCGAAGCGGCGACGUUUCCCAUCGAUUUUGGAAAGACCCGCAUGCAGCUGCACUCGGGGAGGCAAAGUUUCGUUGGCGCGUUGGUUUCCACCAUACGCAGCGAAGGUAUAGGUGGCGUCUAUGCUGGGAUCCAGCCGGCCAUCGUUCGCCAUCUGAUUUACUCAUCAUUGAGGAUUUCAUUUUACGAGGAAUUGCGACACAGGCUGACAAGCUAUACCUCCACCUCCGCCAGCAGCGCGCUGGCAGGGCUUUUGGGCGGCGGCUUGGCGCAGGCCAUUGCUUCACCAGCAGACAGGGUUAAGGUCAUGUUGGUUCAGGGCGGCAGCCGCGGCACGGCGGCCAUGGUUCAACAGAUCAUCCGCGAAGAAGGCCUUAAGGGACUCUAUCGUGGGGUGGUGAUCAACGUGCAGCGUGCUGCUUUGGUGAACCUUGGAGAGUUAUCCACCUAUGACCAAGCAAAGACAAGCAUUUUGGAACACAGUGGUUUGCGCGAUGGCGUGGCAGUCCACACUUUGAGUGCCUGCUGCAGCGGCCUGGUGGCCUCGGUCUGUGCCACCCCAGCGGAUGUGGUAAAGAGCCGUGUCAUGGCGGGGCAGGCCUCAGGUGUGCUUUCCUGCGUGCAGAAAACGGUCAGCGAGGAAGGUCUUUGGGCUUUGUGGAAGGGGUUCUUCCCCAACUGGGCGCGCCUUGGGUUGAGGACUCAGGAUGAAACCUUGGAUCAAGGCUUUGCAACCCCAAUCAUGUGGCCCCAGGAUGCUGUCGUGUGCCCCUGUCCUGGUGCCCAUGUCUUUUGCAACGACUGCCUGGCAGCAUCCAAAGCUUUGUGCUGUCCCCUCUGUCGGAAUCGAUCCGAACCUGUGGUGCGAUUCCUCUUCAGUUUGCAGAGGCCGGGUCAGUGUGAGGAUUGGAUGAUCGAUCAGCUUAUGGAGUCAGUGUCGCAGGGCAACCUGCAAAUCAUGCGCAUACUCGUGGAGUGGAACUGCCCUGUGAACAUCGCAGAGAACGACGUGCAGCCUCUCCACAUCGCUGCCCAAGAGGGUCACAUGGAAGUGGCGCAAUUUCUGGUGGAAGCGCGAGCCUUCGUCGAAGCCUCUGACACUGACGAGGGAGCAACCCCGCUUGGGCUGGCGGCCUUCGAAGGACAUUUGGAGAUGGUGCAGUUUUUGGUCCAAGUGAGGGCGCAAUUGGAUCGCUUCGACGGAGAGUAUUUGACACCUUUCAUGACCGCCUGCAGUGGCGGGCAUGUGGAGGUGGCAGCCUACCUGCAGCUUGGCAUGUUGGGCAUGGAGAGGUUGGCUGCCCGUUCAGACCCGCAGAAGUGCAGCGUUUGGGGUUUCACAGCGCUACAUAUUGCAGUCGAGGACAUGUGUACAGAAGUGUGUCAAUGGCUGCUUCGAGUGGCCCAGGGUGUGGUGGUGAAUGCCUUGGCGCAAUACGAUGAGACGAUUCUGCACAUCGCAGGGCGCAUGGAUCACUGGGAAGUCAUCGAUAUGAUGCAAAACCCGUUUGGCCGAGCACUGGUGGAUGCCAAGACCUCCACGGGAUUCUCUGCUUUGCAUUUCGCCUGUGCCAUGGGGAACCUCAGCGCCGUGGACUCCUUGCUACGGCUGCGGGCGGAUCUCAACGCGCGCACCGCGCAUGAGGUGACGCCCUUGCACCUGGCGACGGAGAAUGGGCAUGUCAUCGUAGUGAAGCUUCUGCUUCUGAUGAGUGCGAAGUUGAACAUCCCGUGCAACUGUUUUCCUGUCCAUCAUUCACUGUUGGACUGGCAUCUGCCUCGCGACUCUGCCAACGUGCUCAACGUGCAGGUGGGUGCCCGCGUGAGUUUUAACUUGGCGGAAUUCCAGAACUGCUCAGGGAGCCAAUGGGUCUCUGGCAUCCUGGAAGGGGUGGAGCUGGACCCCGAUUCGCAAGAUCGCUUCGAUGACACGCAACUCGCUGGCCUUUGGAAGUUGGGGCUUAUGAUCAACACUGGGGAUAUCACCUGUGGUGUGUCUCGCUACCACUGCAUGCCUCACUUGACCUCGACCCUGGUGGAGAAUCGCUACGUCAUCAAAAACGGUGAAGCGGUGUACAUCAAGGCACCAAUUUACUGCAGCAGCGGGGAUUGGAUCCUAGUGCCCGGGGAUGUCGGUAAGGUGGUGGCCAUUUAUUCAUCAGGCGAGUACGAGAUUGAAGGCCUGAAGGACCACACCAAGUCCAGGUACCUGGCCACCCGAGACGAUUUGAUCCCCUUCCUCCAAGAGGACGCUUUACACUGUGCAUGUCGUCAUGGGCAUCUGGAGAUCGUCAAAGAACUUCUGGAAGCGCAUGCCGACUUAGCAGCGGGACCCCGAACUGCACUCCACUGUGCUGCCCAAAGUGGUCAUGUGGAGGUGGUUGAAGCACUUUUAGCGGCCAGAGCCGACAUUGAUGCCCAGUGGUUGGUUUCCAAUUCAGCUCUGGAAACUGCGGUGCUAGCGGGGCAAGAGGCCCUGGUGGCACACCUGCUUCACAUUGGUGCGGCGCAGUGCAGCCGCCGUCCCGUGGAGAUGUUGGCGGAGUCCACGGCGGCCGCGCGCAUCGCGGGGCUCGCGGGGCACAGCACAGAGCUACUGGUGGCGUGGUCCGUGGUCGGCUUGGGAGUCCAAUCCCUGCUGCUGACCAUGUCGGCGCUGCCGCUCUGCGAUGACGAUGGCGAAGCGAUGGACUUGUGGUUGGAUCGAAAUUGCUUGCUUCAACUCAGAGAUUUGGGCAUGGAUUGUUUGCUGAAAGGCGAUGAAGCCUCGGCCGUGGGCAUCUCAGAAUUCCUGGGCCGUGUCCGGUGCUGUGAAUCGGCUCACCGAACCUGUGAGACACUUGGGCGAACGCAGCGACACAAGGGGUAG